ACUAUAUUUCAAAUAAUAACGACCCUUAUCUUUAUCCCUACUCUUCCACGGUGCCAAAACAUGGCGCUCUCUUCCCCUUCACUCCUACUUUCACCCUCUUUCCAUGUCCUUCCCUCUUCCGAUCCUCCUUAUAGGGUCCUUCAAGAACACCCAUCUCUCAAGCUUCUCUCCAAAUGCCAAAGCAUUCGAACUUUCAAACAAAUCCACGCUCACAUCAUCAAAACUGGCCUCCACAACACCCUCUUCGCCCUCAGCAAGCUCAUCGAGUUCUCUGCUGUUUCACGCUCUGGUGAUAUCUCUUAUGCCAUCUCCUUGUUUAAUUCCAUCGAAGAACCUAAUUUAUUUAUUUGGAAUUCCAUGAUUCGAGGGCUUUCCAUGAGUCUGUCACCAGCUCUGGCCUUGGUUUUCUUCGUCAGAAUGAUUUAUUCCGGGGUUGAGCCGAACUCUUAUACCUUCCCUUUUCUUUUGAAGUCUUGUGCUAAGCUCGCCUCUGCCCAUGAAGGGAAACAGAUUCAUGCCCAUGUUUUGAAGCUUGGGUUUGUGUCUGAUGUGUUCAUUCAUACCUCGCUUAUCAAUAUGUAUGCCCAAAGUGGUGAAAUGAAUAAUGCCCAAUUGGUUUUUGAUCAAAGUAAUUUCAGGGAUGCGAUUUCUUUCACUGCAUUAAUAGCUGGUUAUGCGUUGUGGGGUUAUAUGGAUCGUGCUCGGCAACUGUUUGACGAAAUGCCUGUGAAAGAUGUGGUGUCUUGGAAUGCUAUGAUUGCUGGCUAUGCACAAAUGGGUCGUUCCAAAGAGGCGUUAUUAUUGUUUGAAGAUAUGAGGAAAGCAAAUGUCCCCCCAAACGAAAGUACUAUUGUGUCUGUUCUUUCUGCUUGUGCGCAGUCAAAUGCACUUGACUUAGGAAACUCAAUGCGCUCUUGGAUUGAAGAUCGUGGGCUUUGUUCAAAUCUUAAGCUUGUUAAUGCCCUUAUUGACAUGUAUUCGAAGUGUGGUGAUCUUCAGACUGCUCGUGAAUUGUUUGAUGAUAUGCUUGAAAGAGAUGUAAUCUCAUGGAAUGUUAUGAUCGGAGGUUACACUCACAUGUGCAGCUAUAAAGAAGCUUUAGCGCUCUUCCGCGAGAUGCUAGCCUCAGGUGUUGAGCCUACUGAGAUUACUUUCCUUAGCAUUCUUCCAUCUUGUGCUCAUUUAGGUGCUAUUGACCUUGGCAAGUGGAUACAUGCUUAUAUAAACAAAAACUUCAACUCAGUCAGUACCUCUCUUUCGACGAGUCUGAUAGAUUUGUAUGCUAAAUGCGGUAAUAUAGUGGCAGCACGACAGGUCUUUGAUGGUAUGAAAAUCAAAAGCUUGGCUUCUUGGAAUGCUAUGAUAUGUGGGUUAGCAAUGCAUGGACAAGCAGAUAAGGCUUUUGAGCUUUUCUCAAAAAUGUCUAGUGAUGGAAUUGAACCAAAUGAGAUAACCUUUGUUGGUAUUUUAUCUGCUUGUAAACAUGCUGGUUUGGUUGAUCUCGGACAACAGUUUUUCAGCUCUAUGGUUCAAGACUAUAAGAUAUCUCCUAAAUCCCAACAUUACGGAUGCAUGAUAGAUCUUCUUGGGCGAGCUGGGUUGUUCGAGGAAGCAGAGUCCUUGUUACAAAAUAUGGAAGUGAAACCAGACGGAGCCAUUUGGGGUUCCCUUCUUGGAGCAUGUAGAGACCAUGGACGAGUCGAGUUGGGAGAAUUAGUUGCGGAACGUCUUUUCGAACUCGAGCCAGAUAAUCCUGGAGCAUAUGUGCUUUUAUCUAACAUAUAUGCAGGAGCUGGUAAAUGGGAUGAUGUAGCAAGAAUAAGAACAAGAUUGAACGACAGGGGAAUGAAAAAGGUUCCUGGUUGUACCACGAUUGAAGUCGAUAACGUCGUUCAUGAGUUCCUAGUAGGGGACAAAGUUCAUCCACAAAGUGAAGAUAUUUACAGGAUGUUGGAAGAAGUAGACGAACAAUUAAAGGUAUUUGGAUUUGUGGCAGAUACUUCUGAGGUAUUGUAUGACAUGGAUGAAGAAUGGAAAGAAGGAGCUCUAAGCCACCACAGUGAGAAAUUAGCAAUUGCUUUUGGAUUGAUAAGUACAAAACCAGGUACACCAAUUAGAAUCAUUAAAAAUCUUCGUGUUUGUCGUAAUUGUCAUUCUGCUACAAAGCUAAUAUCUAAGAUAUUCAAUAGGGAGAUUAUUGCUAGAGAUAGAAACCGUUUCCAUCACUUCAAAGAUGGUUCUUGCUCAUGUAAUGACUAUUGGUGAAUACUUUAAUUUACAUAAUAAGACAAUACGCAAAUACAUUAUUCCUUCUUCA